AUGGCCGGCCCCGUGGAGCCGCUCGUUCCCCGCCCCCAGGCCCCCCUGCCCGCGGCCGGGGACGAGCCCGGCCCGGGCAAACUCCGCCCGGAGCCCGGGGGCAGCGCAGCCGGCGGGGGGAGCGCGGCGGUCCAGGGCCCGGCCCCCGAGGAGCCUGGUCGCAGCCGGGCCGAGCGCGCCGUGCCCCCGCGCCCUCCCCCCUCCUCCGCAGGCCGCGCCAGCCCCGCGGGGGGCCCCGGCGCCCUGCCUGCGCGCGGCGGCUGGGUCGCAGCCCGCGCUCCCUCCGCGCUCGCCUUCUCCUCCCCUGUCCGCUCCUCCACUCCAUCUUCCUUUUACUUCUGGCCGCCGCCCCCUCCGCCCCCUCCUUCUCCUCUCCCCUCCUCAUCUGCCUUUCACUUCCCCGUGCGUCUCCCAGGAAGGGAGGGCGCGGGCGGCGGCGGCGGCGAUGCUGGCGGAGGAGGAGGAGGAGGACAAGAGGCAGCUCCCUUGAGCGUCCCCCCCAGCAGUAGUCACCGCGGCGGCGGGCGGCGGCGGCUCUUCCUCUCCCCUGCGCUCCAGGGCUUGCUGCUGCCAGCUCGCGCCGGGCCCCGGCCGCCGCCGCCGCCGCCCCGGCUCCCGCUCGGCCCGGCGGUCCUCCGCGCGGGCUCCCACGGCUUCCCGGGCGCCGGCGGGGGCUGCCCCGGCUCCGGCCCCGGUCCCAGCCUCGGCGGCGGCGGCCGAACUCCGCGGUGGCCGCGAGGCGCCGGCGCCGCCCUCGUCGCCGCGUCCUCGCUGCUUUUCGGUGCCGACAUGGAAGAUGGACCUUCUAAUAAUGCGAGCUGCUUCCGAAGGCUGACGGAGUGUUUCCUGAGCCCCAGUUUGACAGAUGAAAAAGUGAAGGCAUAUCUUUCUCUUCACCCCCAGGUAUUAGAUGAAUUUGUAUCUGAAAGUGUUAGUGCAGAGACUGUAGAAAAAUGGCUGAAGAGGAAAAACAACAAACCAGAAGAUGAAUCAUCUCCUAAGGAAGUCAGCAGGUAUCAAGAUACAAAUAUGCAGGGAGUUGUAUACGAACUGAACAGCUAUAUAGAACAACGGUUGGAUACAGGAGGAGACAACCAACUACUCCUCUAUGAAUUGAGUAGCAUCAUUAAAAUUGCCACAAAAGCUGAUGGAUUUGCACUGUAUUUCCUUGGAGAGUGUAAUAAUAGCCUUUGUGUGUUUACCCCACCUGGAAUCAAGGAAGGAAAACCCAGGCUCAUCCCUGCUGGGCCCAUCGCCCAGGGCACCACCACCUCUGCCUAUGUGGCCAAGUCCAGAAAAACGUUGCUAGUAGAAGACAUCCUUGGGGAUGAACGAUUUCCAAGAGGUACCGGACUGGAAUCAGGGACGCGUAUCCAGUCUGUUCUUUGUUUGCCAAUUGUUACAGCGAUCGGUGAUUUGAUUGGCAUCCUUGAGCUGUACCGGCACUGGGGUAAAGAAGCCUUCUGUCUGAGUCAUCAGGAGGUUGCAACAGCAAAUCUUGCCUGGGCUUCAGUAGCCAUACAUCAGGUUCAGGUAUGCAGAGGUCUUGCCAAACAGACUGAAUUGAAUGACUUUCUACUCGACGUAUCAAAAACGUAUUUUGAUAACAUAGUUGCAAUAGAUUCUCUACUUGAACACAUAAUGAUAUAUGCAAAAAACCUGGUGAAUGCCGAUCGUUGCGCCCUUUUCCAGGUAGACCAUAAGAACAAGGAGUUGUAUUCAGACCUUUUUGAUAUCGGAGAGGAAAAGGAAGGAAAACCUGUCUUCAAGAAGACCAAAGAAAUAAGAUUCUCAAUUGAGAAAGGAAUUGCUGGUCAAGUGGCAAGAACAGGGGAAGUCCUGAACAUUCCAGAUGCCUAUGCUGACCCACGCUUUAACAGAGAGGUGGACCUGUACACAGGCUACACGACCCGGAACAUCUUGUGCAUGCCCAUCGUGAGUCGGGGCAGCGUGAUCGGCGUGGUGCAGAUGGUGAACAAAAUCAGCGGCAGUGCCUUCUCUAAGACGGACGAAAACAACUUCAAAAUGUUUGCUGUCUUUUGUGCUUUAGCCUUACACUGUGCCAAUAUGUAUCAUAGAAUUCGUCAUUCGGAGUGCAUUUACCGGGUCACCAUGGAGAAGCUGUCCUAUCAUAGCAUUUGUACUGCAGAGGAAUGGCAAGGCCUCAUGUGUUUCAACCUUCCCGCCCGUCUUUGCAAAGAAAUUGAAUUGUUCCACUUUGACAUUGGUCCCUUUGAAAACAUGUGGCCUGGAAUUUUCGUCUACAUGGUCCACCGGUCCUGUGGGACAGCCUGCUUUGAGCUUGAAAAGUUGUGUCGUUUUAUCAUGUCUGUGAAGAAGAACUAUCGCCGGGUCCCUUACCACAACUGGAAGCAUGCGGUCACGGUAGCACACUGCAUGUACGCCAUACUCCAGAACAACCACGGGCUCUUCACCGAACUCGAGCGCAAGGGACUGCUAAUUGCGUGUCUGUGCCAUGACCUGGACCACAGGGGCUUCAGUAACACCUACCUGCAGAAAUUCGACCACCCCCUCGCAGCGCUAUAUUCCACGUCGACCAUGGAACAGCACCACUUCUCCCAGACCGUUUCCAUCCUUCAGUUGGAGGGGCACAAUAUCUUCUCCACCCUGAGCUCCAGUGAAUAUGAACAGGUGCUUGAGAUCAUCCGCAAAGCCAUCAUUGCCACAGACCUUGCAUUAUACUUUGGAAACAGGAAACAGUUGGAAGAGAUGUACCAGACCGGAUCGCUAAACCUUAAUAAUCAAUCACAUAGAGACCGUGUCAUUGGUUUAAUGAUGACUGCCUGUGAUCUUUGUUCUGUGACAAAACUGUGGCCAGUAACAAAAUUGACGGCGAACGAUAUAUAUGCAGAAUUCUGGGCUGAGGGUGAUGAAAUGAAGAAGCUGGGAAUUCAGCCUAUUCCCAUGAUGGAUAGAGACAAGAAGGACGAAGUCCCACAAGGCCAGCUUGGAUUCUACAAUGCCGUGGCCAUUCCCUGCUACACCACCCUCACCCAGAUCUUCCCGCCCACAGAGCCUCUCCUGAAAGCCUGCAGGAAUAACCUGAGCCAGUGGGAGAAGGUGAUUCGAGGGGAGGAGAGUGCCGUGUGGAUCUCGAACCCGCCGGCGGCCCAGGGGACCUCGGAGAAGCUGCCUGUGAAGAUCGAUGACUGAUGGCGCUCCUGAGCCCUCCCACCUGAAGGUGUUCAUCUUGCUUCUUUGACUUUUCUUCCUUUUAUUUUUGUGGGGGGAACCUACACCUGGCAACUGGGAUGCAGACCUCUUCAAGAAGGUACCAUCAAGUAAACACAUCCAGCAGACGGCACCCUGCCAGCCUCCUCUGUACGGCGUCGCCGACGGUGAUCAGCCAGGACCAGAAAUCCGCAGCCCCAGUGACUCCUUGUGAACUGGCCUUUUCUAAUGGGCUAACAUAGCUGAGGCCUUAAUGGAAAUGGACAAUUAUUCGGAAGGGGGUACUUUUCCCUGUAUCUUUCCAGUGAGGGUUAAAACGGUACUAAUAUGAUAUUGUACUUUGGCUUUAACACCAGUGUUGCUUUGAUGUUGUUGGUUAUAAAUAGGAACUUUUACAUGUUACUCUUGUGGAUGUUCAUGUGUGACCUACUUGUAAUUAGCGUGAAUCAUAGCAGACAGCCUCAGACACGUGGCAUCGAGGUUACAGAGUAAGAAGCGCCUUUCUGCAAUCAGUGAUGGAAAAUCGAUUCUUCUUCAGAGCCUCAUGAAUUAAAAGUUAGGUGGACUUAAAGCAUAUUCUUUAAGCUUAUACUAAAGGGCUUAGAUGAAUAAAUUUAACACUAAAGGAAGCAGAUUUUCUAUCCUCUUGAAAAGAGAUGCAGGUAUACAUCAUAAUAAAUCUCAGAAAUCCAAGUAUCAAUUCAAAAAAUGUCAGAGAGUAUUGUUGUCUUUACUUUUUUUCUUUAUUGUAGUCUUGGCAAAUUUCCUAAACCCUUUACAUAAAGAACAAAAUAAAAGCAAGGCAUACAAUUUAUUUUCAACGGACAAGUCUUAGGGAUGUAAAAUGUGAAUUUUUAACAAUGAUUCUUUUAUGUUUUCACUUGAUGUCAUUGCAAAAUCUUAAACUCACAUUCAAAGUGGAAGGUUUGUUCUACAAAUUAUUUAAUUACAAGACCAUACAUUUCUCUUAAAAUCAAUUAAACCAUAACAUUUCAGCCUCCUGGAGUCUUCACUGCGAGCCGCUCAUCCAUCUCCUGUUUGUCCUCCCCUCGUGCUCGUGCUCUGGAUGGGUCUUUCGUAAGCUCUCUGCCCUCGGCAGCUGCAUCCGGGCCCAUCUCUGUUCUCUUUGCUCUGCUCAAGAUCAAAUAUCUACAGAGACACCUGCGUCUGCCGUGUCUCUCCUGUAUCAGUUUUGGUAGGCUCAUAUUACUCUACAAUGUGAAUGUUUUGAAAAAAUAUACAAAAGUAAUAGUCUGGACCCCCUCCUACAAGGAUUAUACACCAGUCACUUCUGGUGCAUAUUAAUGCUUUAAGGAUUUUUAGCACAAUGACUUGGUAACCUCCGAAGCUGUGCUAGUCCUGACCUGAAGGAAUUAGAGUCUCAGAAGUGCUAGGCUGAUCCGUAACAAAUGGCUUAUCCACGAUUCUCGAAGCAGGAAACUGGAAUAUUACUUUCAAUAAAAUAAAUUUUUAAAAAUAUUCUUCUGCACAUCCAAUACUAUAUACAUUGUUGUUCAUAUGAGCUUGGUUUGUGCAAAAAUGAUGAAAUCAGGCGUUUCUAUAAUAUGGUUUAUUUGUGUUGCAGCAGAGUUAGCUAUACACGAACAUAGUUCUUAUUUUAAAAUUAACACUGUGUGUUCAGUUUCCUUAUGGGCUUCUGAAAGUUGCCAGGGAGCUCCAUUUGCUAUUAUAAUUAUACAAUAUGAGGUAAAAUGAAAUAACAAAAGAGAGAGAAUACCACUGUGGCUAGAUACACACACACACACGGAUGUGUUUAGCUGUGCACGCAUAGACAUUCAUGUAGGUACACACAUGUAUGUAGAUACACACACAUAUAUGUGUAAGAGAGAGAAAGGGAGAGAGAUGCAAACACAUCUUUGAAAAGUAAAAAUCAGCCCCAUUCUUCAAAAAGUGAUUUUUCGUGUUGGAAAAUGUAUAUGGUUUGAUAUAGAGCUGACCAGAAGGAGUCCUUUCUCAUGUUAAUGUACUCACAGAACUGAAUUCUACAAAGUUGCGUACAUCCAAACUUUCUACGGCCAAAUGUAUGAAACUGGACCCAUGAGAUUCAACUUUAAUCACAAAAGUUACUUAGGUCAUCUAACUGAACCUGGAGACUGAAUUGCAAGGGGGCAGGAAAUAUCAUUGAAGACUAUUGUUUAAUUUAAAGGAUUUUAAAAGAGUGCAUGAAUUCUGCUUCUUGAAAUAGACAACAGUCAUGGGGGAGGGAAUGCUAUGGCUAUUUUUGCAUUUUUAAGGUUGCUGUUCUGACAUGAUUAUUAGAGAAAAGUAUCUUAUUUUGGCAUACCCAGGUGUAUUGCAUUACGUGACCUGUACUUUGAGCAGUAGUUUCCCAAAGAAACGUGUAUGGAGUUAUCGGUUGGUUGAUUUCUUGUGAAAUAGUCAUAAUAGAAACAAAGUUUGAACAAAGGACUGUAUUCUAAUGUAAACUGUUACUAUUACUUUUACCAUGUGUAAGAUUGACUUAGGAAUCAUAGAUUUACCUAAAAUGAAAGGGCCUCAGAUGCAGUGAUGUUUAGUUAACAAUCUGUUUUGGAAAACACACAGUUAGGAGUAUUUUGUAUCUCGGCAGAUUGAUUUAGCAGACACGCUUUUGAGUUCUGUCUUGUCUUUUCCCCAGAUUUUUUUCUUUAAAGGGCAGAUGGUUUUUAUCGCCAAAAGUUUUGAUGAGUUUCUCAUUAAAGUGGUAUUUUAUAUUGGGUCAAAGUUUCCCUGUUCAGUAUAAAUUUGGUAACCAGCUGUGAGUAUAUGUAGAAUAUUUGAUUUGCAAAGUUUUUUAUUGGUUGUGCUGAUUUAUAAUAGAUACAGUUUUAUCAUCAAAUGCAAUUAUUCCAUUCAGAGAUAGGGAAUAUAUUUUUUAACUAGAAAUUUUCUUGGAAAUGCAUGCUAACAACGUGAACUAUUGAACUCGGGCAGCGGAAUAAAAUUCUAAAAAAUGCAAGUAUCUGAUUAAUUACUAGUUGUGAUUUAAUUAAAUAGAAAAUCUUAAAUGCAAUUAAUGUGGAAAGGAAUUCUCAAAAAUGACCCUUUUGCUAGGGCAGGAAUUGUGAUCCAUUUCCCAGCUUUAGUUAUUUCUAAGAAGCACGUGAGAAACCAAUGUUGGAAGAGAGACCAGGUUUUGAAUUAGUCACACGCGGUUGUCCUCCAUCCUGACUCUUCUCUCAAUGGAAAAGCAUCUGUGCAGACAAUCACGGUGCUGCUCGGGGUGACUUGUUCUCACGGCAGCAAAAACAGAGCUAAUUCAGAACUAGAUUUGUUCAGUGUAGGUUUCCUCUUUUCAGCAUGCUUUUCAGAUAUUAUGCUUUCUUUAUUUUAUGCAAUCAACCUCAGUGAAUUUUGCUUUCUUGGUAUAUUCAAGCACAGUAGCUAUGUUUGUACACGAUACACAUAGAUGCAUAAAUCCUUAGCUUCCUGGAUUGCUUAAUAGAUUUAGUUUUGAGUAUUAUGUUGCUGGUCUUUUAACCCAGAGUAAGGUCUGAGUUUUAAUAGGACUAAGUGAUUCACCAUGCCUUGGCCUGUGCCUUUAUUUUAAAUUCUGUAAUUUUACUUCUUCAUUCAUAUAUUCAUUGUUUUGCUUUCUUGCUUAACUAUAAUUAAAAACAUUUCAAGGGACACAUCCAUGGUUAAUUUUAUCAAGUGGAAUGAGUUAGGAUCAUUCUCUCCUUAUCAGAUUUCUAUCCCUUAUUUUAUUUCAUUCAUAGUCACCCUUGUGACCAUAACCGAUGAACUGUUCAGAUUCAGUCUUUUUUGCAAGAACUUCCAAGAGCUGUGACACUGAUUAUGAUGUGAUUUUGUUGGGUUUUUCAGGUACAUAUGCAUGAUUUAGAUUUUGAAAAUCACUUCUAUCUUUGUAUAUUUCAAAUGUAUUUGCUUUCUACACUUUGCUGAUUUUAUUCAGGAUUUAAUUCUUUAAAGACAUAUUCAUUUAGUCACCUUAGUGUAUCCCUUCUAUUGCAAGUAUUGAUCUGAUUUUAAAAUCACUGUAAAAUGUAAAUCAGCCGAGUAUGCUGUCAGGGAUGGUUUCCCCAGGCUUGUCUGUAGAGCAUGGCUAGUAUAUUUUUACCUUUGCAUUAAGUAUUUAUCCUGAUACACAUUUUGCCAAUUUCUUUAAACACUUAAGUUUAAAUUAGUGAUACCCAAUGCAGUGCUUACACUUCUUGUUUUUUGUCUUUUUUUUUUUUUUUUUACUGGAUAUUUUGGUUGUCUGAAGCACUAGAUACAUUUAUGUGAUGAUAAGAAUAGAAAAAAAGGAAGAAAACAGUUUUGAUGCUGUUCUGGUUCUAAAUUGAAAAGAUGGGACAAAGUGAAAGACAAGAAACACGUUUGAAAUCCAAAGAAGCAUUACCACCUUCAUCCGAACUCUAAGCUUUUCCCUUCUCUGACUGACAGUGGAAGGUCCUGCAGAGCUGACCGCCCUGAGAGGGUGCAGACCUGCGUGUACCCCUGCUGGGCACGGGUGAGCGUUACCCCAGGACCCAGGCCGAAACUUCCAGCCAGAUCACGCUUGCCAAUUAGGGUAGUCGGUUUCCACACAUCAAGUUUCAGCUAAUAUUUUUGAGGAACCGUACAUUCACUGAAGCUUAAGUGGAAAGGUUUUAUUCCUAUUGCAGGAUAAGUUUUAAAAGUGUGUUAUCCAGUACCCUAGGCCACCUAAAAUAUCAUCCUAUCCUGGGCAUUGCAGCUUUUGUUUUUUCUUUAGUUCCCAGUCUUGUGCCGUAUCUCAAAUAUACUGUGUAAACGACAUAUGGGAACACUCUUUUCCAUAUGACCUGUUGUAUGGUGUAUGCCCUUUAUAUUCACUUAGUGUGCACACUGAGAGUAGAUGUAGUUGUAGAAGGUGUUUCUAUACCACGACCCCCACCUAUUCACCAGAACCCACCCAGUGACCCACUGGAAAAAGUGUGCGUGCCCAGAACACUGUGAAACAGUUACCAAAAUUUGUAGAAAUGCAGCAUCUUGACUCUUUCUGAAAAGAAGAGGUGACUUUUUUUUUUUUUUUAACAAGUCCUUAUGAACAAAGGAGAUCCUCUAUCCCUGCCUAGCCAAGGCAACUAAGAGUUUGCUGGUGAUAAUCUCCUUGCUGACCAGAAGCUGCUGGAGUGGAAUACAGGUUACAAGCUGUCAAAAAUACAAUGCUCAUAAUAAGCUGAUUUGUAGAGUCGAUGGACCUGUAUCCAAAGUUUUAAUGGGCUCACUUUUGGAAGGAGAAGGAAUUUUGAGUUAACAAUAUCCAAUUUCAUUACAGUUAAUAAGUUAUAACUUUAAAAAUAUUUUAUAUGUAUGACAUAUAAAAACUUUGUAAAAUGCACAAGUGCAAUAAUUUAAAGAGGUCUUAACUUUGCAUUUAUAACUUAUAAAUAUUGUACAUGUGUGUAAUUUUUUCAUGUAUUCAUUUGCAGUCUUUGUAUUUAAAAUAAACCUUUACUGUCAUGUUUGUAUAAUAUAACAAUAAUCAUUGAUUAUAACCUAGGCAAGUUGUAAAUAAAUUCAUAAUUCAAACAGCCAGUAUAUAUGCAUAUAUGGGUGUUACUCUGCAAAAUCUUUGUGUUACUUACAUGCUUAGAGCAGCAAGAAACCUUUGUUGAUAUGUAAUUAUACAUUUAAAGUAUAUAUAUAUGUAUGAUACAUGAAAUAUAUGUAGAGAUGUUCAUAACUUUAAUGGCUAUCCUUCGGUGUGAAUAAUUGAAUACAAGAGUUUUUAAAAUAUCACCUUUCACGUUUAUCAUUUGUUCUCACGUGUGGGGAAGGUAAGAGAUAUUUGCAGCUUCAUAAAAGUUCAUGUGCAAACUCUCCAGGCCUUGUCUGCAGAGGAGAGACCAAGUUCACAGUGGAGCAACGUGGUAUGUUUGCUUCAGCCAUUUUCUGGCAGAAAGGAUGAGACAACAUAAAACGUUAAAUUUUACACGAUGAUUUGUAUUAACUCCACUGUGUAAUUUUAAAAGUGAAAAGACUCUUUGGGAAAAGUGUGGUCUUUUAGAAAGACUGCUUCAUGUUACAAAACUCAUGAGCCCCAGUGCCAAGGCUGCUUCCUGAAACAGCUUCCCCACUGGCAGGGCUCCCAGGACCAGUCCAAGCCCACAUGGCUCAAGAGUGGGAAGGACUCCACGUGGCGUGCGUGUUUACACUGAGUGCUGGGAUUCUCUCUGCUAGGAAAAAAAAAUGUUCUCAGCUAAACUCACAUAAUCUUUAAGCCGUGAUCAGUAUCCUUAUGGCUUCAUCUUUUAAAACUCCGCUUAAAGUAAUGGUGUUUAUUUGACUCUCUCUGCUUGCCAUCAGGUGGGCAGGGAAAUGAUAAAUAUUUAAGACCAGAAAGUUGAAGCUGAAUCGCAUCCCAAGACCAUCUCUCACCAAAAACAUAUUAGAGCUACAUUUGGGAGUCAAUGAAAUAAAUGUUUCCUGGAAUAAAGACUUGUGGCGUUGUUAAACACGGGUGUCCACGGCCUUGUUAAUUCGACGAACGUAGAAAGACCUUAAAAUGGAAUUCUGCACACCGAACUCUUAUUAAUGGACGGCUCUCUGAGCACACAGCACUGUGCAUGUUGUGGACAGGAGUUUUGUUAAAUAUUCAUUUCCUGUGAAACUGUGUCAAAUGUUUACUGUGUUUAAAAUAAAUUUCAUGAGCUAAUA